GCGACUGGCAGCGCAAUACAGCCCAACACGUCGUCGGUCAUUGUGAGCAUCAUUGCUCUCAUGUCCACGUACGGUUCGACACUAGCCGUCGACAGGCUAGGAAGGAAGUUUUUACUUUUGGUUUCCGUUGUCGUGAUGGGCAUCAGCACGUUGCUCAUCGGUGCAUUUUUCUUGGGUAAAGAUUUCAAUUACGACGUCUCGCCCGUUUCGUUCAUACCGUUAGUGUCGCUGUGCACAUUCAUAGUCGCGUUCUCCGUCGGCAUAGGUCCGGUCACGUGGAUCAUGAUGGGCGAGAUAUUUCCCGUUCAGAUUAAAGAUGCUACCAGCUCAAUAGUGUGCAUGUUCAAUUGGUUUCUGGCUUUCUUGGUUACCAAAUACUUCGGAGUGCUGGUAUCCCUCAUUUACAUGUACAACACGUUCUUUCUGUUCACGAUGUUCAGCGUGUUGGGUACACUUUUCGUGUGGUUUGUCGUUCCCGAAACCAAGGGCAAAACAAUAAAUGAAAUUCAAGUAUUGCUUGGCUAAGUUUUAGCGUAGUUGUUAACAUUGAAUCGACUAUUCAGGUACUGCGUCACCGGAAGCUACGAAAACGAGACUCAACAAUGAUGAAAUUCGAUAAUUUUGAUUUCAUUUUCUGUGUAAUUAAUAUUACGUAUAAGUUUUUUUUGGCACAUAAUUUAUUUAAUAUA